UCUCCAAAUUCUCUAAGACCUCACCUGCUUAAUUUCAUUCUCAAAAAAGAAUAAUUUUCUUCCUAAUCCUCUCUUUAAUUAUUCAUAUUAUACAUACUCCAUUAUUUUUCCUACAAUAAUUCCCUCUUAUAAAGACCUAGCUAACUACAACAAAUAGUCUUAUAUUCUAUAAUCAACUCGCCUUUCGAGUUUAUUAAAAGGCAAGAUUAGUGAGAGAAGUAAAGAGAUUAAUCAUGAUUAGGGCAGCAAGUGCUAGCACAGAAGGAUCCAAAACAAGCCUUUCCAAUGAUAGAAUUGAUGAGUGUGAGGAGGAUGAUGAUAAGGUACUAGAGGAAGAAGAGGUUGAUGAUAAUAAUAGUAAUGAUAGCAAUAGCAAGGUGAUCAAGAUCAAUGGCUCGAGCUCGAGUACGAGCACCGUUGAGGAGAAUGAAAAGAAAGGGCCAACCUCAUCAGGAUCCGUGAGGCCGUAUAACCGGUCCAAGAUGCCUAGGCUCCGGUGGACACCGGAUCUCCAUCUUUGCUUUGUUCAUGCUGUUGAGAGGCUAGGAGGACAAGAAAGAGCAACACCUAAGUUGGUUCUUCAGUUGAUGAAUAUCAAAGGUCUAAGUAUUGCUCAUGUCAAGAGUCAUCUCCAGAUGUACAGAAGCAAAAAGAUUGAUGAAUCAAAUCAAGCUUUGAGCAAUCAAGGGCUAUUCGCUGAUGGAAGAGAUAAUAUCUACAACCUUAGCCAGCUACCUAUGUUACAAGGCUACAAUCAUCAAAGAUCGCCUUUUAGUCUAAGGUAUGGUGAUCCUUCUUGGAGAGGUCAUUCGACGAGCCAGAUGUAUGCUCCUUACAACAUUGGGACUUCAUCCGAUAGGUCUAGAAACGGAUUGAAUUUUGGUUCUCUUCCGGAAAGGAUGGUGUUUUCUAGUACUAAUAGCAAUUCUCAUCAAGCCGGUAUCAAAAAUCUCUUCCAAGGGCAAAUUUCAAAUUGGAGAACCCAACAAACACUCAAAAAAGCCCCAAUUUUUCAAAGCAAUAACGGAUCAUCAUCAUGUCAAUCCACAAGUAAGCCAAGGUCUAACAUGGAGUUAAAUCUAGCAAUUAGUCCAACUCAAGAAGUAGCCGUCGAAAGAAAAGAGAGAUCAAACCCUUUGAACUUCCUUAAACCCUCAAACAUCAAUAUCAAGCAAGGGACUACUCCUAACAAUAACCAUUUGAAAAGGAAAGCUAUGGAUUUGGAUCUCUCUCUUGCCCUAGCUACAAAAGAUAUCGACGAUCCAUUAACCAAGAAAAACACCAAGGAUAAAGAGGUAAUUGGAAGUGAUGAAUUACUAUCACUUUCUUUGCAAUAUCCACCACCAUUAUCAUCUACCUCGGAACAUGACCAGCUCAUUAGCAAGUUGAAGGAAGGAGAUGCAAGUAGUAGGAUGAAUAAUAAUAAUAAUAACAAGCAAGAAACAAAGACAAGUUUGGAUCUGACUUUGUGAAUGAAGACAAUUGAUGAGUGAGAUCUUGAUGUACUUUAUUGCAAAAAGUAGAUAAUUAUAUCUAUUGCAUAUAAUAUACCAAAGGUAAUGACAAAUUAACUUGUCCUUAGCACUAAUAUUAAUAUUUUGUUGUUAUAUAUAUAUGAUCACUAUUUUGGUUGCAUGCUUGUACACUAAAUAUUCUAAGUGUCUAGGAAAUCGAAUAUCAGCUAAGAGUUGCAUAAAAGAAGGACCAGUUACAUUAGUUAAUUAACAAUAAUAUAUUU